CUACCUGCCUGGGAGGACAACUGUUCAUCAAAUCUGAACUGUCUCAGCUCUAAGUGUGGAUAGAAGAGCAGAGAAGAUCCCUCUGUUCCGUCUUUCCUUCCUCCUCCCCCCUCCCCCAUGCCAUGCCCGGGAACCUCUUGGCCAGCCCCUUUCUUGGCUCUCAUUGGAUCCUACUGGCUCCUCUCGUGAAUCCCUCCCCACGGUGUGUCCUUCCUCUCUACCUUGCAGUGUGUCCUUAGUGGGGUUUCCUUUCUCUCUCUGACUUUGCUCCUGAAACUUACGCUUCUCCAGGAGGCUGGCCUUCCCUUCUUUUAGGACAUGGAAAUCAGGUAACGGGGAAGAGUUUUUGACAUCUGGCCAGAGCUCACUGAUUCUGUUGACUUACCCUUUGCCUGCGCCUGCUGCUGGGACCAGCCGUGCUCUGAAGGUCUUUGGGGGUAUAUGGUCCCCACCCCCUCAUUCCCAGCCCCUGGAGAACUGAGCCCCUGGCUUCCUGCAGUGCAAUUGCGCUCCUGCCCUUCAGACUUGCUUUGGAAAGAGUUUGAGUGGACACCUGCUUUCUAAUAGGUUAGAAUCGCCUUCCCUCCCCUUUGAUCUGACUGGAUCCGGAGUCAUUGCUGCUUCACCAUUGUAACUGGAGGAAGCCCCCUGAAAAGAAGAGGCGUGGACAGAAGUAGAGCCAGGGUAGCUCUUCACUGUGGGCGUGGCUACCUGUGGUCCUCCACUGUGGGCGUGGUUACUUGAGAUCCAGGUGUUCUAGAAUUCUCUUGCUUGGUUUUAUCUUGGGUUCUUGGAGAAAAGUGGGCAGAGGCCAGGGAGAAAGAUGUUUAAUGCUGUGUUUCUGAGUUCCUGUGUGAGAACCUCUACCUAACAAUUCCUGGGAAGGAAUUUGCCUGUGCAUUGCCACAGAACAGACAAACCCCCUCUAUCACAGACCCCUCUACCUUGACUUCCCUUCCUCUCUAUUACCUCAGCCCAAUUUUCUGCACGAUGUUGUUCAUGAUAUACUCCAAGGACUUGUAAGAAGGAAUUUAUACUGAAUUAUACUGAAUUACCCAUGUGCCUCCCACUGUGCUGAUUUAGACAUACACGUCCCUUUAAGGUAAUGUUAAGAAUCCAUUUUACAGUGAAGAACACUGAGUCUUCAAGAGUGCAAUGCGGGUCACGUGAUUACUUCACUUCUCAGCUCUGCUAGAAAUAGGAAUGGUCCUAUGUAUUCUGCCCUCUAAGACAUCAUGUUUUGGGAGCACUGCUCUCCUUAGACCAGGCUAGCCCCUGUCUUGGGUGAUGAGCCACUUCGUGCUGUACACAGCCCAUUCCCACUGUGGAUCAGGGUACAGAUUUUCACUUGUGUGUCAGCGGAUGAUGCCAUUUGAAACUCGGCUUCUGCUGAUAAGCGUGGGACCAUCUGCCUAGCGCAGCUCAAAUAUUUCAGCACUGGGAGAGCAGCUCUGACUUCUGAGACUCGCCUGCAGUCAUCCUGGGAGAUGCUGGGACCGGGGACCUGGCGGGCUAGCCGGGUAUGGAUGCCACAGGAUUCAAAGGAGCCAUCCCCUUGCUGUCACCUCUGACCCUUCCUGAGCAAAGGACACCAGUGAGUCCACGCUCCAGCGUGUGGAGUUGUUCAGAUGCUCUUGACAAGCGCAGAGAUGCUUCCAUGAGAAACAGGAAGGGAAUGAAAUUCCCCGAUGCUGCCCAUGUUACUGACUGAUGAUACCACCAGCUGCCCCAGGCCUCCAGCCCUCUGUCCUCAGCUGAGCUUCCCACCACUGUGCUCUCCACCAAGACCUGCUAGGAUGAGCUGUCCUUCUGCUCGGACUGUCACCGCCAGCCAGGUAAACAUGCAGUCUGCAACUACAGUUACUCUGUAACGAGAUGGGCGUCUGGACAAAGAGUCUGCUGUCCCAGAGCUGGGUUUACCUGGAGACGUCCCCAGACCAGUCAUCCUGCCAGAGAGAAAAUGGCCUGAAGUGGUCCAGCACAAGAACUCCUCAUGGACCAAUCAAAUAUGACAUCCUUUGCUGAGGAGAAAGCCAUGAAUACCUCCAGCAGAAAUGCCUCCCUGGGGACUUCACACCCACCCAUUCCCAUAGUGCACUGGGUCAUCAUGAGCAUCUCUCCUCUCGGCUUUGUGGAGAACGGGAUCCUCCUCUGGUUCCUUUGCUUCCGGAUGAGGAGAAAUCCCUUCACGGUCUAUAUCACCCACUUGUCCAUUGCUGACAUCUCCCUCCUGUUCUGUAUUUUUAUUCUGUCCAUCGACUAUGCUUUAGACUAUGAACUCUCUUCUGGCCAUUACUACACAAUCGUGACGUUAUCGGUGACUUUUCUAUUUGGCUACAACACAGGCCUCUAUCUGCUGACAGCCAUCAGUGUGGAGAGAUGCCUUUCAGUCCUCUACCCCAUCUGGUACAGAUGUCACCGCCCCAAGCACCAGUCGGCAUUCGUCUGUGCCCUCCUGUGGGCACUUUCAUGCUUGGUGACCACCAUGGAGUACGUCAUGUGUAUUGACAGCGGAGAAGAGAGUCACUCUCAGAGUGACUGUCGGGCGGUCAUCAUCUUCAUAGCCAUCCUCAGCUUCUUGGUCUUCACUCCGCUCAUGUUAGUGUCCAGCACCAUCUUGGUGGUGAAGAUACGGAAGAACACAUGGGCCUCCCAUUCUUCGAAGCUGUACAUCGUCAUCAUGGUCACCAUUAUCAUAUUCCUCAUCUUUGCCAUGCCCAUGCGGGUCCUCUACCUGUUGUAUUACGAGUACUGGUCAACCUUUGGGAACCUGCAUAACAUCUCCUUGCUUUUCUCCACCAUCAAUAGCAGCGCCAACCCUUUCAUCUACUUUUUUGUGGGCAGCAGUAAGAAGAAGCGCUUCAGGGAGUCCUUAAAAGUGGUCCUGACCAGAGCUUUCAAAGACGAGAUGCAACCUAGGCGUCAGGAGGGCAAUGGCAACACUGUAUCCAUUGAGACUGUGGUCUGAGGACCGCAGGGGGAGUCUUAGACAGAAACAGCUGAAUGUGGGUGGCUUUCGAUUUGUGCUUGGAAUGCAAUUUAAGUCCAUUUAAAUCUCCUAAAUCUGAUAAGAAGGAAGCAUUCUACAUGCAUGGGGGUCUAAUCGAUGAUGAGCUUGUGUUGCUACUUAGUAUCUUCUGGAAAUGCUUCCAUAUGUGACGGGACUCUGUCUUUUCUAUCAUUAUCAAAGACUCAUUCUUCUCUUAGCUGUCCAGUAGUGUUCAACAGUUAACUAUAAAAACUGCCCUAGCAGGAACUAUCUGAAUUGUGACUCAGAGAACCUGGGGAGGCUGUGUGAUGACUGCUGUGUGCUCCUAGGUGACCUCAGGCAAGUGGCUUGGGAGAGCCUGAUUUCCCCUCUUAGUGGAAAUAGUGACAGUCUGUACUGCUUAGGUUAGUGUCCAGUAUGAUGAGGUAGGCAAAGCACCCAGCUCACUGUCAAAGUUCAAUAAAUAUCCGUCUCUCCUUGUCCUUUAACUAGAACAUGAAGAGUGAUUAUACAAAUAUUGCCUUGUGUUUGUAAAUGUGGAGUGUAGAUCCCCAAAGAUCUUUUGGUUUGUAGCAUGAAAGCUUUUGUGGUAUAACACCUCUGCUCAAACAGAGUUUCAAUUGUUACAAUUUAAGCAGCUACAUAUUGGGACAUCGUUUUAAAUUGUGGAAACAAGCAUUUGUUCCCUCUUGGAAGCAUUUCCAUGGUUUUCCUUUUCUUGGGGAAUAAUACAUGGAGUGGAAGUCUA